AUGCAGCAGCCUCCACAGGCUGUUCCAGCAGGAGCGGCAGCUCCACCUCCUGCGGGCAUCGCUCGGAACGUGUACUGGAGAACCGGCUCGCUUGGUAAACGAGCAAAUGCAACAGCUGCCCCAGUGCAGCCUGUCACAGACCCUUUUGCAUUUGGCAGGCAAACUCCACAGGGUUCCUCUGUAGAUAAUCCAUCCAAGGGCAAUGCGUUGGUUAUGCAAAGUUCUUCGCCGGCGGUGUUUCCGCAGCCGGCCGUUACGCAUACUUCACCGCCGCGGGCAGGGGACAAUCCUCAUGGACCGCAAACGUCUUUAUCAGCUCCUGUAUCUCAACCAGGAAUAAAUAGCAGUAUGUUUUCUAAUGUUCCGAUUCCUUCACCGUCCCCAGGAUACGUUAUAAAUAGUGCUGCAGAAGUGCAUCCAAACGCAGAUCUUGGACUCCGUGCGCCUACGGUACCAUUGCAUUAUAAUACAGGAGCAGCAGCUGAAAAUUCUUUCAGUGUGCAUCCUGGAAUGGUGUCUGCAUCAAACAAACCUGGAGGUAGACAAGAUGUCGGUAGAGAUCCGAAUGAGGUUCCUUCAGGACCCAAUGCACCAGGACUCUUCCCUCCACCUCCUCAGCAGCCUGUGUCUCAGUGGAGGCCUGUUCAAGGUAACCUGCAGUCUCCAGUUCGAAAUUUUGCCCCCUAUCCUGAGCCAUCUCCUCAGACUGAUGUUCGUAACGUUUCUCAGUCUUCUGUUAGCACUUCUCAUCCUCCUCCACAGAUGAAUUUACAGCAGGGUCCUGUACACCAAGGUAUUCCCCAAAAUACCAUGCAAGCGCCUUUAUCCGUUGGUUGUGAAAAGAAUGGCUCUGCAAAUAGCAGUCAUCACGUGAACAGUAUCCAGCCUGGAAAUGUGUUUAGGCAGAACGCAGAAAUGCCUAACGCCUGGCUGGGCCAACCAUACCACGAGCAGUUUUGCCCACAGCCGCCGUUGCAAGACUCCAGUUUUGUUCCCGCAGCUCAGGAAAAUAACCCCCAAAGCCAGUCUCCGGCUAUGUCUGAAAUGUCCAAUAGACCUAUUCCCACAGAUCGAGAUUCAGGAACUCUCUCCAUGUUUUUCAAAGGGGACGAGGCAGAAAAUGAAGAAAUACUUUCAUCUGAAAAAAAUUACCUUGUUGAGAAAACAGAGUUUGAUGGCUGUCAGCCAAAUUCGGCAUCCUUGUAUCAUCAGCCAGUGCAUCCUCAGCGGGUUACAGCCAGCGUUCUCUGUCAGGCACAGGGUGGUACAGGUCCAGCCAAUGAGAUGGUACAAAAAGGAAUGGAUGUCCAGUACUUUCCUAAAAUUUUAAGUCAGCAGGAGAUGCAGGCCGCUAAGCACUCCAUGUUUGUUAGUGAUGACAAGGCGUGUAUAGGUGAUGUGGCUGGGAACGGUGGGUCGCAGUAUGAAAACGUCGAGAACCUGGAGUGCAUUCAGAAUCAAGAAGUGCUGCCAAGUGAACCACUGAACAUCAGUGCUUCGUCCCCUGCUGCUGGUCCCGAUCUCUACAGGUAUGGAUCCUUUCCAAGUCAGAUGCUUCCAAAGAACACUGUUGUGAGCCAUGCUGAAGGAGGACCAAAUCUGGAGGCACCUGAUUCGUUACCUCACCCUGUCCGACCAGACAGUGUAUCUUCGAAUUACAGCAACAUUAGCCAUAGGAGUGCUUCUAGUUCAGCAAGACCUCAAGAGCAAGUCGGUACGUUUAUUCAGCAAGAAAGUGGGAAACCUGAUGAGGAAUCUUCCGCUAGCUUCUUCAAGCAGAUUGACUCUUCUCCUUUGGGAGGUGAUGCAAGUGAGCUAAACCUGGGCAAGAACUACCAUGGUAACCUAUCCCAGCCUCCAACUCCAAGUCCUCCUAAGCCUACAGGAGUAUUUCAGACAAGUGCAAAUAGUUCUUUUGAACCCGUUAGGUCCCACGGAGUUGGUAUAAAACCUGCAGAGAUUGACCAAGCAAAGAUGGUGGUUGAAUUGAGAGAGAACCACUCAAACCAAAAGAAUAUCAAGAAGAGUACAGCUCUGCCAGCUGCAUCCCCAGGCAACCUGGAACAGCCACCAGAUAACCUGGAAACUAUAUUCAUGCCUAAGGUGCACCCACAGCCUCUUGCAGUCACUGGUGAAACUGGAAAUACGUUGCACUCUGGACCUGUUAUGGAAAACAUACAAUCAGUAUCUGAGAGGAGGUCCUCAACGAGAGCACAGGGAGCAGUUAAGAAGUGUGAUAGCCCAGCAACAACUUUGUGGGCUCAUAAUGAGUUACCUAAUUUUGGGGGAAAUGUUCUUCUAGCCCCUGCUGCUCCUGCAGUGUAUGUACCUGCUAAACAAAGUGUAGAAGUCAUUCAGCCACCAGAAGAAGGUCUGUCUAAUCAGCCGCCAAGUAAACCAGGGACUAUGGCAGUGCAUCUUUCCCAAGAUGGAAAUAUAGCGUCUGAAAAUCUUGAGAAUCCUCCCAAAAUGGGAGAAGAGGAGGCACUUCAGUCUCAGGUGACACAAGAUGUACAGCAUCAGCCUGUAGCAGACAGAGCUGUGCAGGGAGCGUUGCCACCUCAACCUCAAAUGCAGCAACCAGCAUCUGGGCAGCCCUCAGUUCCUUCAAACUACCAGGUGGCCACAGGGACUAAAGCCACACCAGUAUCACAGCAGCGUGAGAACCAGGUGCUGAGUAACCAUCCUCAGCCUGGGGGGCCCCAAGAGGCAAGUUCAGCCCAGCCAGCAGUGAGGUGUGGUCAGACGAGUCCUGAGAAGCAGCAGGUGUCUGGACAGGCCUUGGGUGCUCCGACUUCCACUGCCCCUUCUACCACCACCGGUCAAUCAGGUGUCCCAAACGCGCAACAAGACCUGCAGCGUCCGUCCCUGCCGCAGACCCCUCAGGAUGCCUUUGGUCCACCCCAGAACCCUUACUACUACUACAGAAAUCCUUACGAUGCUUACCAACCUCCGUAUCCACCACCUUACCCUCCUGCUGACCCCAGAACAGCAGCUCAUCUUUAUUACAUGGAGGAUAACUAUGGGCAAUAUGACCCACGGUACAGACACUACGACAGUACCGGCGCGGCUUAUAUGGAUCCUGGGAGCUAUCGGUAUCCUGAGCCUGAACGGCCCAGUUCCAGAGCCAGUCACUGCUCUGACAGGCCGCCUUCUAG